CAGCCUUGGAAGCCUGGAAGCUCCCAAGCCCAUCCCAGCUGGCCGUAAGCGAUAGACCUGUAUCUUAAUAUGUCAGGCUGGUUCACUCUUUUCACGAACGCUCGCUACAUUCUCGAUGGGCAGCUGGUCGAAGACCAUCUCGUCAUCUCAGACGAGACCGGACUGAUACUGAAAAGAGAAGGCUACAUUGGAGGGGAAGCUGUAGAUCUGGACGACAACAUCAUCGCACCUGGAUUUCUAGAGUUGCAUACCAAUGGCGCCAAUGGAUUCCAUUUUACCCAUUUUGAGAACGAGCAGAGCUACGGAAAGAAGAUGGAUGACAUUGCGCGAUACUAUGCUACUCAGGGCGUCACGGGAUUCUGGGCUACUAUCCCAACAGUCAAGGGAGAGGAAUUUCAAAAGAUCCUCCCCUCGCUCAAGCCGAGAGACAUCCCUAACUCAGCCUCUCUCCUCGGGGCCCAUGCCGAAGGCCCCUAUCUCCACCCCGACAAGAAAGGCGCCCACAACUCCUCCCUCUUCCAAGCAUGUAGCGCCUUGCCAUCCACCAUCUACGGAGCAUCAAACCUCUUCUCCUCCGUCAAACUCGCAACCAUCGCCCCCGAACUACCCGACUCCGCAUCCCUCAUCAAGUCACUCACUUCCUCCGGUGUCAAAGUAUCCAUGGGCCACUCCACAGCUUCAUACUCUGACGGCCUCUCUGGCCUGAAGGCCGGAGCAACUUGCCUAACGCACACUCUCAACGCAAUGCCAGCUCUCACCUCUCGUUCUCCAGGUCUCGCCGGUCUAAUAUCACUCCCGUCAACGCACACCCCACCAUCACCGUACUACACCAUCAUAGCCGAUGGCGAGCACCUCCAUCCCGCCACCGUAUCCCUCCUCCAUCGCACCAACCCUCAACGCUCAAUCCUCAUCACCGACUCUAUCGAGCUAGCCUCACUCCCCGACGGCACUUAUCCGGGGCACUCACAAAUCCCAUUCGAGCAGACAAAGUCCGGAACCCGGGCUACCAUUGCCGGCACCGAUACGCUGAUCGGCGGUUGCAUACCCCUGCAGGAGAGUGUUCGAAACUUGAUGGAGUGGUCUGGGUGUGGCAUCGCAGAGGCGGUGGGCACUGUUACGCAAAAUGUGGCGGCGUUUAUGGGGCUUGAUGGGAUGGGUGGAAGGGGUGUGUUGAGAGAGGGAAGAAGAGCGGAUUUGUGUGUGCUGAAUGAGGCGGGCGAGGUGCUGCAGACGUGGGUCGCGGGGACGAAAGUUUGGGAUAAGGAGGAAGAAGUAAGCAGGGCGGAGGCUGAUGGGGAGAUGAGAGGGUAGAGAAAUGGAGUUUUCAGCGACCUCAAUACAAUAUAAAUAGGUCGGUCAGCAUAUAGAGGUAGACUUUCUCAUUUUUGUUACUUACAUUACAGGCCACGGAAGUGCACUGUAAACCUUUCAUGUGCGCGAUGUACACCAACUAAUACCAGCGAU